AUGCAAGUAGAUAAAGAUAGCCAAGUGAUAAUACUCCCUCGAUUAAACUCCCUCGAUCAUUCCACCGAACACAAGAUUAUAAACCUACCAAUACCCAAAUCAUCAUCAUCAUCAUCAUCAUCAUCAACAGUGUCAACAAAAUCAUAUUUGAUACAAGACUCAAGACUAUUCGAGCUUAAUGUAAUCAAAGGCGACAACUCCAACGUUAGGUUGAAAUCAGGUGAUGCUGUAAAAUCAUAUAUUUUUGAACCAGUAAUUGAGCCAAAAGGGAUCAACAGCACGUUUCCAGCUGACGAGGAUAAUCGCACCCAAGGUGCUGUAUUACAAUCAUGCCAUACUUUAAUUGCAUCCCCUUACAACUUCACAUACUUGCUAAUCACUAUAUUUGAAAAACAUGGUGAUAAAUUUAGUCGGUUUCAUACAUUGGAUGAUAUUAGAGAUAGAUUACUGAGUUUGGAAUUGGGACACGAUUGGGUUUAUGAUAUACCUCGUGUGGUGUUUUUGAAAAGUUUAGCUAAUAUAUGUGAAUCGAUAAUUGAAGGCGGUGGCGGUAACGGUGAUGGCAAUGGUGAAGAAGGAAACAGGAGUCUCAGUGACGCAAUUGAAGAUGCAGGUGAUCGAUUUUUCAAGUACUCUGAAACAAAGAGUCUUGAAUGGAUCAAUUCCAAAAUCGUGGCUCUACAACAAUGGAUUCUUCAUCUGGAUGAUGAUAAACGAACGACCAAUAGUAUAAUGAGCAAGAUCAAAAAGGGGUUGCAUGACCCAACUAGGAACGAAGAUACAUCAACUAAUCAAGAGGAAGAGCAAAAUCAACUAAUGGACCAAAUGGCAAUGAUUUAUGCAAUUGACUACGUUUGUGAUUCAUAUAUUCCUGACACGAAAUCAAAAAUCAUUCUGCAAUUCAAGUACGAUUUUGGUAAAGUUGAUGACUACUUUGCUCAGUUGAAACAGAAGCAAAAAGACUUGGAAGCAGUUGAAGCCAAUAUGAAUGAAGUCAUUACAGCAACUGCAAAUACAACAAAUGCGUCCGCUACAGGUACAAAAAAGAAUGGAAAAAAGAAGAAUCCAGUCAAGAAAGUAGCUGUUGGGAAAGGUGCUCUUGAUGGGUUUUUCAAAAAGGCAUGA